UUUUCUAUUUGUCUGGUUGGUGAAACGUCUUCGGACAUAUUUUGUAGUAGUCGCAUGGCGCGACUGUAGUCCACGAAGUCUCGGGUUCGAUUCAUGGACGGCCAGACAUCGCUGUGGGUUUAAGAAAAACUCACAAAGCAGUACAGAGUUUGGAAGUUGGUGAAGGAAACUGUGCCUGGGAAAGUAAGUCAGUGUGGAAGAAAGAAGAUCGCGUGGUUAAAGCGUAAGUAUUUACUUUUGUUUCUAUCCUCAUUCCUAUUUUAAAUUCUUACGAAAAGUUGUAUUCUAACUUGUAACAAAAAGGAAAAUUCGUAAAUAAAACCGUAAUAAGCUGUAGACCGGUUUCCUUUUGCCAAGCACUACCAAUUGUCUUUGGACUCUACAUUGCAGAUUGCUAUCAGUGUCACUGUGUCAAAUGUCAACGAUGGCUGACUGAUGGCUUGUUUUCCCCAAUGGUUUUCCCGGUGAUAACGGGAAUUUCUAAAUAAAUAAUAACGAAAGCUGCUUCCAGUGAUUUUCACAUAAACAUGAAUGAUUUAGAGAAUUAUUGCCGUUUGUGCGCGGAUUUAAAAGAAUCUAGCGACCUGAUAAAUAUGGAAUCCGACAUCGAGAGACGCCGAGAACUCGCGAACAAAUUGGCACGAUUUAAUGUAGCUGUGAACUUUGAUAAUAUGUUGCCUAAAACUGUAUGUGUCGGGUGUUUGAAGUCUUUAGACUUCGCUUAUGACUUUGUGGCUGCUGUUGAUGCGGCCCAAGAGGCAUUUACGGACUAUAUUUCAUCACCAGAUAUAAAAAAAGAAAAGGAUAACAAUGCCUUUUCAGAGGACGAUACAGAUAAUUACGAAGAUCUUUACACGAAUUCCGAAGACGAUAUUACAGUUAAAGACGAACUAUUAAACAAGGAGACUCUAGAUAAAAUUGAAAUUAUAUUUAAACCAGAAAUUGAGAAUGCUGAUAUCAAACCUGAAAAUGUAAUAGAUGUUUCAUUAAACAAAACACAAUCGAGCCUACAUUCAAAAAAGGUUAUUAAAGCUAUAGAAAUAAUAGAGCAAUCAGACUCUUGGAACAACUAUGACUGGAUAUGUGCGUUCUGCGACCGAUGUUUUCGGUCUCCGAGUGAGUUGAGGGUACACUCUAUGCAGUACCACAGUACUUGCAAUGCCUUCAGAUGUUUCGACUGCAAAGCGAGAGGAAUACACAUAGAUAACUUCAUCGCACACAUUUGUAGACACAGACCAUCCCUUUUACUUACGUGUUACGUUUGUUCAGUAACUUGUACGUCUUUAAAAGAGUUGAAAAAACAUAAAGCAAGUCAUCUGCUAACAGACUACAGAUGUAUCGGCUGUAAUAUGACAUUUUCAAGCCAAGAACAGUUAGACGAACAUGACAUCAAUUUUUAUAAAAACGCAGAAGCAAAUAUUUUGCUGAAAGUGCCAGAAAAUGAUGAUCUGACUUGUGUAUUUUGUCAAAAGACAUCAAAAGCAAAGUUUCUGCUUAACAGGCACUUGUUAAUACAUACAGACCGUAAACGGGAGCAUGUUUGUGAUGUUUGCGGUAAAAGCUUUUAUCAUAAGAAAGAAUUAGCACAACAUAGCGUUGUACACUCGGACGCAAGACCAUUCCAAUGUGAAAUAUGUAAAUUCACAUUCAAAGUGAAGUCGGAGCUGAAAAAACAUGUUACUAUACACUUUGGGCCUAAACAGUUUGAAUGUGAACAAUGUGGAAGGUGUUUCAGACUUAGAAAAAUGUUGGUCACUCAUAGAGCAGUCCAUAGUGAGAUUCGACCUUACGUUUGCACCCACUGUAACAAAGGUUUCAGAUUCAGACACUUACUACGUCAACACCUAUUAUUACAUACGGACAUUAAGCCAUAUACAUGUAGUUUAUGCACACAGAAGUUUAGAAACUGGUCAAAUUAUAAUAAACAUUCUAAAGAAGUCCAUGGAGUAGACAAUUCAAAGAGGCGACGGACAGCAGACGGACUGUUUGGUAUAGACCCGGAUACUAAAGAGGUGAUAUACCCUGAGAAGGAUAAAGUCCUCGAGUGGAAGAAGAAGAUAUUGGUGAAAGAAAAGAAAGGCAGGCCGAGGAAGGACUUGGACUGUGAGGAUCAUAUCACUGAGACCAAAAGCUGAGCUUAUAAUACUGGCUGAGUUGAAUUGUAUACAGACACUGAUUAACCAACAAUGUACAAUUGACUUUGAUUUGAUGUUUAAACUGGUAUCUAGGUGUAUAUCCUAAAAAUAUCAGUAUAAUAAGGAUAUGCAGCUGAUUCUCUCAAUGGUCUAGUUACUAGCUAGAAGCUGUUAAUAUUACAGCUCUUCAAGGUGCCAAAUUCUUAAUAUAUUUUCAUUAUAGAAAAGCAAUAAAGAAAUAUUCAUGUUCUUCCUUUUAA